CAUUUAUUCUUCAUUUCCUUUACUGUAACAACGGAAGACAAUAAAUUUGUAAAUUAUAUACAUAUACGAGUAUUAAUAUUGUACUAAGGUUCAUGCGUCCGAGUUCUACUACACAGUAUUUAAUUUUUGAGAUUUUCACUUAAAUAAUUUUAAAUAUUAUUAAAAUUCUUGUUUGCAGGUAUUUGUCUACUGGAAUGACCUUCUCAAGCCUUGGGUACGAAUUCCAAAUUGCAAGAUCUACAAUUGGAACAAUAAUCCGAGAAACCUGUGAAGCGAUUUGGAGUACUUUGAAAGAGCAAGAAAUGCCGGAACCCACUGAAGAGGUGUGGUUGGGCAUCGCAGAUCAAUUUUAUUUAAAAACAAACUUUCCUAACUGUGUAGGCACGAUAGAUGGAAAGCAUAUAAGAUGCAUGAAUCCCCGAAGAGGAGGAUCAAAUUUCUUCAAUUAUAAGAAGUUCUUUUCUAUUGUGCUAAUGGCAGUUGUAGAUGCAAAUCUCCGUUUUGUCGCAAUUGAUGUUGGUGCAUACGGAAAAGAAGGAGACUCGACUGUAUUUCGGGACAGUCCAUUAGGCAAGAAACUGUACUCUGGCAGUUUGAAUCUGCCACCGCCUCGUUGUUUACCGAACACCCAGCCCGAGGAAAUUCCCCAACCCUUCGUAAUGGUUGGGGAUGAGGCAUUCAAACUUCAUACGAACCUCUUGAAACCGUAUCCAUCCCGCAACAUGAAUGCUACAAAAAGAGUGUUCAAUUACAGACUAUCAAGGUGCAGACGCAAUGUGGAGUGCGCCUUUGGAGUUCUGGCAAACAAGUGGAGGAUUUUUCAUACUCCCAUUCUUGUGCAACCUAGUUUCGUGGAUAAAAUAGUGCAAGCUUGUUGCAUUCUCCACAAUUUUGUUCGUAAGAGAGAUGGUAACAGCUAUGCAGAUACUGAAAGCCAUCCGUUUGACGAUGUGCGUAAUUUGGGAGAAGGCCAACGUAACCGAGGGUUGGAUGUUAGAGACUACUUUGCACAGUAUUUUAUGGGAGCUGGAGCAGUACAUUUCCAAAGAAGUUACAUGUACUAAAUUCCACAUUUUUUGCCUUUUUGUAAUUACAAAUUUUUUUAUUAUUUUAAAAUAAAAUAAUACUGAAAGUAAACAGAAAAAUUCGUUAUGACCUACCUUUCUCAUCUCUCUCCAUUGAAUCAAGCUCCAUCCAAUU